CGAAGCAUUUUUCUUGGAAUUUACCUCAAACCUGGAGCCGUCCCAGGAUUUUCUCGACGGUAAAACACUUGGAGAGGUGAUUUUAUCCAAGGACAUGUAACUUUUUUUAAUUUUAUUUCCUGAAUUACUGGAGUCACAACAUACCCGAGAAAGAAAGAGGGAAGCUAGAUGUAACAGUGUGGAACAGAAACACUCCUUUUUUUGUCAUUUGCGCCAAAGUUGGUUUCAGAGAUAGUCGCUUUAUCCCGCUUCACUAGUAGUUAAACUUAACUCGCAAAAUGUCGCCGAAAUGUCUAUUUCUUGCAGUUUUUUGGUGCGUAUCAGGUAUUUUAGCUUCCUACGCCCAAGAAUGUGGCCGACCACCGCUACAGGAGGACAGGAUUGUGGGAGGGAUGGACGCCAUAGAUGGAGCUUGGCCCUGGCAGGUGGAUAUACAGAAAGACGCUGUUCACAUCUGUGGAGGCUCCAUCAUCACAGAGAACUGGGUCCUAUCAGCCGCGCAUUGUUUCCCCAAUCCGUCCGACGUGGGCUCUUACACGAUCUACACUGGCCGGUACCAGCUGAAUGGCAUGAACAUGCAGCAGACAGCGCAUCGUGUGAAUCAGGUGGUGGUUCCAAACGGUUACGUCGAACCUCAAAGUGGGAAAGAUUUGGCGUUGGUGCAGCUAUCCACCCCAGUAACCUGGUCAGAUUAUGUCAAUCCCAUCUGCUUGCCCGCCUCUGGCACCCUGUUCCCGGGUGGCAUGCUGUGCUAUGUCACCGGCUGGGGGAACAUCCGGGAUGACGUCCCUCUGCCAGGAGUUGGGACUCUGCAGGAAGUGCAGGUGCCAAUCAUCUCCCUGAGUUCAUGUCAGGAGAUGUACCAGACAGACCCAGGCAAUCAGGUGGACAUCCUUGAUGACAUGAUCUGCGCUGGAUACCAGCAGGGCGGCAAGGACUCCUGCCAGGGAGAUUCAGGAGGGCCCCUCGUCUGCAAGAUGGUAAAUGGGACCUGGGUGCAGGCUGGGGUGGUGAGUUUUGGAGUGGGCUGUGCUCAGCCAAACCAGCCAGGUGUGUAUGCCAAAAUCACCAGCUACUCAAGCUUCAUCAGCAAUCCCAAUCACUCUGAUAAGCCAGGGCUUUGUCAGUUCAUCAGUGGGCUGGAUGGUGACAGCAGCUACACCUGUCCUGGUCUACCACCUAGCCCAACAACAAGACCAACAACAAGACUAACUUCUACUACCCAAAGUGUAACCAGUCCUGCAAGGUCAAUUUGUGGCAAAGCUCCAAUGAACAGUCGUGUUGUAGGUGACAGUGGUGUUGUACCUGAAGGAAGUUGGCCCUGGAUGGUUAGUCUCCACAAAAAUGGAGUCUACACUUGUGGAGGAACCCUCAUAUCUGCCAACUUUAUCCUCACAUCUGGCCAGUGCUUCUCGACCCCCAAACCAGACUUCCGUGAGUGGAGUGUGUUUCUCGGCCAGCGAAUGGUGAACGGUUCUGAAGAAUUUGAGAUGUCUCUGGGCCUUGUGAACAUUACAGUGAGCAAAAACACAGAUUCCAACAUUGCCCUGCUGCAGCUGAAUAAACCAGUCAUCUACAGAGAUUAUAUUCAGCCUGUGUGCAUGGACAUCAGCAAUGCCAGAUCAUUCCCUAUUGGAACUAGAUGCUGGGUGGCCGGCUGGGAGAAGGGAAGCAAGAGCAGAGGCACUGAUAAAGCUGGCUCACAUCUUCGAGACAUUGAAACUCAAGUGGCAAGUUGUGAAAACGCUUCUGAUUUGGAGAACAUUUGCACUUAUUCCAUGGAUCUUCGACAGGGGGAUCAAGGCGGCCCUCUGCUAUGCAAGUCCGAGUCAUCUUGGUUCCAGGUGGCCGUUGUAAUGAGUGGAAGUAAAUCAGUCCGCGCUGACAUUCAGGUCUUUGCCAAAACUUCAAGGUUCGGGUCUUUCUUGAAGGAGAUAGUUGGCGACAUGCCGACUCCUGAAGCUGCUGCAGCUGGAAAUGCACCAAGUUUUGCAAUUUCUUUUUCCUUCUUUUUCGCUAUGUCCAUUACCUCAAUGUUUCUUUUUUGAUAAUGUUAUAAUUAUUGCACUUAAAGGUCAAAUUA